AUGGCCGACUCAACAAUUUCCGGCGGAAAAUCGCAUUUUGUGUGCCGACGGCUUCUCGCUGUUGUGACAGUAUUGUGUGCCUUGGGAGGAGUUGUGUAUGUAACCGGAAUUGGUAAACAGAUUCAUGAAGCUAUAAAUCAUUUGAUUGUCCCACAACAAAAAGCCCCGUUGAAAAGAAGAAGUCCACCUCUUGCUCCACCUUCCGAACCCCUGGAGUUCAAAACUGCUGCUGUGUCAGCAGAUUACAAAAAGUGCUCAGAAUACGGUGCAGACAUUUUACGAGUUCAAAAUGGAAAUGCCGUGGACGCCGCCAUUGCAACUGCGCUGUGUGUGGGUGUGGUGAACGCCCAUUCAGCGGGUAUUGGAGGUGGAGGAUUCAUGAUCGUUUAUGACAAGAAAAGUGGAAAGACAAGGUCGAUCAAUUUUAGAGAAACGGUUGCAGCCCUUGAAAAAGCCGAUUCCAUGAGAGACCUGCAACAUUUAAUGUUUGAAUGGAAAGAAAGAGAGAUCAAAACGAGAAACCCUGGGGAAGGAGAAUUCAUCGGUAUACCUGGAGAAUUGCGAGGGUUUGAGAUGGCGUGGAAAAAGUAUGGCCGACUUCCCUGGAAAGAUCUGUUUCGACCUGCAAUUGAGAUUGCUACCAAUGGUUUUCCCGCGACUCCUGCCAUUUUAGCUGCUGUUGAAAAGAACGCAGCAAACGUGUCAAGUGAUCCAGGAUUAAGUGAGUUGUUCAAGCCAAACGGUCAAUUUGUUAAGGAAGGCGACGUUAUAAAGCGAACAAAAUAUGGAAAAACUUUAAAGAAGAUAGCUGAAGGCGGUGCUGAUGUUUUCUAUCGAGGAAAAAUGGCGAAACAGAUUGUUAAAGAUCUCAGAUCUGUUGGCUCCAAGAUAUCCUUAAAAGAUUUUAAAAAUUAUGAAGCAUCUGAACUCAAAGCAUUGGAGACAGACCUUCCCGGAGUGAAGGGAUACAAAAUUCUGACCGUCCCACCUCCUGCAGGGGGAGUAGCCUUAAUUGACAUCCUGAACAUUUUGAAGGGUUACAAUUUUGGACCAGAAGACAUGAAAAAACACCCCGUCCGGACAUAUCACCGAAUGAUUGAAGCAUUCAAUUUUGUAGCCGCAAGGGAAACGUAUCUCACAGAUCCUGCAUUCGACGAUAAAGUAGACGAGAUCGUUCGCCAAAUGCUGGAUCCUGAAGAAGGAGAAAAACUACGGCAAAAAAUAGAUGACACGACCCACUCAUAUGAUUAUUAUGGACCUAUUAACUAUCAUAUUGACGUGACAGAUGGUACAACUCACUUGUCUGUACUGGAUGAAGAAGGAAAUGCUGUUUCCAUAACGACAUCAAUUAAUAAAUAUUUCGGAGCAAAACUGCGCAGCUUGGAACUCGGAAUCAUUUACAAUGAUCAGUUGUGGGAUGCUAUAAACUUGUAUGUUAACGAAUUCAAUUUGAAAGCGGACUCUCUGAGACCUCGUAAAAGACCGAUGUCUCUUGCUUCUCCGUCCAUCAUUCUAGAUGGGAAAGGGAAUGUUAGGAUGGUUAUCGGAGCCGCUGGAGGAAAAUACAUCGCAACUGCGUUAUCACAGGUACUUAUGAACUACUUCUGGUUUGGCGACAGUUUAAAAGAUGCUGUAUCCAAGCCACGUCUUCACAGUCAAUUAUUCCCAAGCAUUGUCUUAGUUGAACCAAAUUUUCCAGAAAAGUACAUCAAAGGAUUAAAGCGGUAUGGACACAAGCGAAUCACAAAUGAUACAACCUUAUUCACAGGAACGCCAUUACAGAUCAUGGGCGUGGUUCAACUUGUUGUACGAAAGGAUGACGGAGAGCUACUAGCACUAGCAGAUUAUCGCAAAGGUGGAGUCGCGGCUGGCUACCGCUGACCAAUCAAAAGACUGAAGAUCCAGCAUCGCAGUGAAAAUUUAAAUCGCUAGCAACUGGCACGAGGCAGCCUAAGGCUCGCCAAGAUGUGAGCCCGUUUCAAACCGAGGCCGAAUAUUCAGGCCUUUAAUUGAAUUUUUUCUAAUGCUAUGGAAUCAUGUGACUGUACGCUUUUCAGACAGCUUGCUUUGGGGUUGUCAAAUAUACAUUUGCGCUACUGAGAGCUUUUAA